UCUCUCUCUUGCUUCAAAAAAAAACUCUCUCUCUCUCUCUCUAGAAUGUUACAUGCAUUUGCGUUAUUAUCUUGUUCAAUUUUCUUUGUCUGAUAUCAUUGUCCCAAAGGAUGGAUCCGAUGAAUGCAGCAAACCCAGAGAAUGCAGCAGAAGUUGAGUAUUUCAGCAAUCAAGUUGAUGAAAUAUUCACAAAGGUUGAUAAGCUUGAGAAACAAGUGAGCGAGGUUGAACAGUUCUACUUGGCCAGCGGUAAUAGCUCAAUUGUGAAGGACAAAGAAAGAGCGAAACAUUUUCCUGGUGUUAAGAAGCAGCGCCAAGAUGCAUCACAUAGGGAAGUAGCUGCUUCAAAGAGAAUGCAAGAGCUUAUGCGCCAAUUUGCUACAAUAUUACGUCAGAUUACUCAGCACAAAUGGGCUUGGCCCUUUUUGGAACCUGUAGAUGUUGAAGGCCUUGGUUUGCAUGACUAUUAUAAGGUUAUUGAAAAACCCAUGGAUUUUAGUACAAUAGAAAAGAAAAUGGAUGCUAAGGAUGGUACUGGCUAUAAGAAUGUGCGAGAGAUUUAUGCUGAUGUGAGGUUGGUGUUUAAGAAUGCAAUGAUAUACAAUGAAGAAAAGGAUGAUGUCCAUGUGAUGGCCAAAACUUUGUUGGAAAAAUUUGAGGAAAAAUGGCUUCAACUUUUGCCUAAAGUUGCUGAAGAGGAAAGAAGACGAACAGAGGAGGAUGUAGAGGCAAAAUUAAAUAUGCAGCGUGCUCAGGAUGCUGCCUAUGCCAAAAUGGCUAGGGAUUUAAGCAGUGAGCUAUAUGAGUUUGAUAUGCAUUUGAAGAAACUCAGAGAAAUGGUGGUUCAGAAGUGCAGGAAAAUUUCCUCAGAAGAGAAAAGAAGUCUUGGGACAGCUCUUGCCUAUUUGAGUCCUGAAGAUCUCAGCAAGGCAUUAGAGAUAGUUGCUGAGACUAACCCAAGCUUCCCAGCAACUGCCCAAGAAGUGGACCUUGAUAUUGAUGCUCAGAGUGAAUAUACAUUAUGGAGGUUGAAGGCUUUUGUGAAAGAUUCCCUAAAAGGUAAAGCAAGGAAUCCUGGAGGCAUAAGUGGCAGUGGCAACAACAAUGAUAACAAUGACGAUGACAAGAAGAGCAACUCCAAAAGAAAAAGAGAGAUUUGUGAUGCUCUUGCCAAGACUGCUGUUAAAAGGACUAAAAAGCUCUCUAGUUUGUGACCUACCUUUGCAGCUUGUAGCUCACUUAUGCUAUUUGGUUGCAUUGCUUGUGAAUUUGAAUAGGUACUCACUAUUCCAAAGAAACAAACUUAAAGAGCUAAAUAUGAAAUGCUUCUGUCAAUUUUUGUAGAUCCCCUUGUAGCUGAGAUCAUGAUCAGUCUGUACAGCUGUAUUAGGUAGAAUGGCAUAUUUCUUCUUUUCUUUGACCUUGGCGUAAAGGGAAAGACAGAAACACAAUACUCCAUUUCCUCAGUAUGUACAGGUUUUUUUUGGGUCUUAUAUUUAUAAUAAAUGACAGUUACUUUGAGAA